ACUCCUCGAGUCCUUCCUCAUAUUUUCCCUUCAACUGCUUCUCUCCGUCAACUGUAUCUUCUUCUCCCACUCCUCACCCCCCAGCCAGCCGUUGCCCUAUUUCCAAAUCCAAACAAAAAUAUCACAACACAAAAACUUUCCCAAAUACCUAUAACAAAGAAAGCACCGAGCUAAUACCUCACAGAAAAAUGACUACUCUUUGUCCCGAACAUGUCUCUGCAAACAAGGAGAGUAUCAUCAGUGAGCUCGUUGAGGGUAAGGAGUGCGCUUCCCAGCUCAAGCUUUUGUUUCAAAAGUCUCUUGGGCCUGACGGGCCUCCCUCUGCCGAACAACUUGUCGCCAAAAUUUUGAGAUCCUUCAACCAAAGUAUUUCCAUUCUGAUUUCCUCCGAAGCUGGCCGUGAGGUAGGUCAGAUUUCGGCGAUUUCCGGUCACAGUGGGUCACCGCUCGUAACUUCUUCCUGCAAUGACUGGAGGCCCGACGAAUCCGGCCAGAGCAGGAAGAGAUCGCCGCCGCCUGCCAAGGAUCGGAGAGGCUGCUACAAGAGAAGGAAUAAGACAGCGGAUACAUGGACCAAAAUCUCCCACACUAUUGAGGAUGCUCAUGCAUGGAGAAAAUAUGGACAGAAGGAAAUCCUUAAUUCUAAAUUCCCCAGGAGUUACUUCAGGUGCACAAGGAAGCGCGAUCAAGGCUGCAAGGCAAUCAAACAGGUUCAGCGCAUACAGGAGAAUCCAGAAAUGUUCCUGACAACGUACAUUGGAUUUCACACGUGCAAAGACAUCCUCAAGGCUCCCGAAAUGGUCAUCUCAGAUUCGGGUAAUUGGGAAUCAUAUCUGCUGGUCGAAUCUAAGGCACAAAACGAUGAUCAAAAGGCGCACGGUCGUCCUCUGAUCAGCUCAACAUCAUCAACCCCAACCAUAAAGCAGGAAUAUCCCAAGGAAGACACGCCGCUUAGUGAAAUAACAGAUAACAUGGAGCCUAGUUUGUGGUCAGAUUUCAAGGACUUCGAGCUUUCGGAGCCUCUGAAGAUGUUGACCGAACAUAAUGCAGAUACUGUGUAUUCGGGUGGCGGGGGCGCUAUGGACUUUGGAGCGGAUCAAUCUGCUGGUUUUGGCACUGAUCAUCAUCUCAGCUUUCACUGAAGUCAUCAACAUCAUCAUCCUGCCGUGGCUUCCUGGCCACAAGGGUUUGGCACUUGUGAUUUAGUAUUUUAUUGGGUUUGCAUUUAAUUUUAAUUUCUAAGUGUUUUCAUUCCAAGCUCAGUCUCUUCAAUAAAAACUCUCAUGCACGAGUGAAUAGUUUUUAUAUCUCAACAUUUGAACAUCGAGUAUUUCAAUAUAUAUAUAUAUAUAUAUCUUGCAUGUAUUAUGUGUUUAUUGAAAAUUUUGAUAGCAAACAAUGGUAUCACUUAACUAAUCUGAUCCUCUCGACAGGGCUAGGUAAAACAUAAAUAUUUGAAUAUUUGCUAUCAAAUUUUUAAUAAAGAUAUAGUAUGUGAAAGAUGUUAGUUUGAUUGAAAGAUGUGUCGUGUAACGCGUUGAGUUAUAAAAUACAUUCACUGAAAAAUAAGUGAAUGAGCUUGGAUAAUAUGCAUAGGAGCACUUAAAAUGCAUAUAUGUGUGAGGAAUGAGUUGUAUAGUGUAGAAGCUAAGAGGUUUGAAGAGAUUUGUAAAUAAACAAGAAACAUGGAUGGUGCGCAAGUGUGAAUUAUGUGAUAGAUCAAUGUAUGCUCGUA